AUGCCAGAUGAGAGACAAAGCUUAAGAUUCCACGCGUAUAUCACCAUUGAGAUUGAAUCUCCAGCAGUUCCUGAUAGUAAGCCUCUUAGCCUGAAGCCUAGUAAAUUCCACGACUCUGUGCUCGACAAAAUACAACAACUACACGGAGAUUUUGGAGUUGCUUCUAUUAGAAAUGGAUUCCUAACCAAAUAUUGCAAUGAAAACACUCGAAUAGCAUUAAUCAGGGCCAGACAUGGGCCUCACCGCUUUGUUACUAGCAGUCUGCCUUUUGUAACUAAAAUUGAAAAACUAGAUGUUAGAUUAAGAACAUUACAUGUGGGUGCAACAUUGAAACAUAGUUUUAAAUUUAUACAAAGACAUCAAAGGGCAUAUUUAGACUCCAUGUGGUCGAAACUAAAAACGGAUGAAGAGAGGAAGCGCUUGGAAAAAGCUGUAAUGGAUUUUAAUAACACAGAUGUUGCAAUAAAUCUUGAAAAUAUAGCUUAAAUAAAA